GAGCUACCUGGAAAUGGAGAGGAAGUUCAAGAUCUGGGCGUACAGGGAGGGCGAGCCGCCGCUGGUGCACCUCGGCCCGGGCGCCGACAUCUACUCCAUCGAGGGGCAGUUCCUGGAGGAGAUGGAGGACCCCCGGAACCCCUUCGCCGCCCGCGACCCCGGCGAGGCCCACGCCUUCCUCCUCCCCAUCAGCGUCUGCAACCUCGUGCACUACGUCUACAGGCUCAACACCACGGCCCGGGUCGAGCCCAUGCGCCGCAUGCUCUCCGACUACAUCGACGUCGUCGCCGGCAAGUACCCCUACUGGAACAGGUCCCGCGGCGCCGACCACGUCAUCGUGUCGUGCCACGACUGGGGACCGCUGGUCUCCGAAGGCAACCGGGAGCUGUACGCCAACGCGAUCCGGGUGCUGUGCAACGCCAACACCUCGGAGGGCUUCCGCCCGCGCAAGGACGCGACGCUGCCGGAGGUGAACCUCGCCGACGGCAUCCUCCGCCGCCCCACGUUCGGGCUGCCGCCCGAGAACCGCACGACGCUGGCCUUCUUCGCCGGCGGCAUGCACGGGCACAUCCGCAAGGCGCUGCUGGGGUACUGGCUCGGCAGGCAGGACCCGGCGGGCAUGGACGUCCACGAGUACCUCCCCGCGGGGCAGGACUACCACGCGCUCAUGGCCAGGGCACGCUUCUGCCUCUGCCCCAGCGGCUUCGAGGUGGCCAGCCCGAGGGUGGUGGAGUCCGUGUUCGCCGGCUGCGUGCCCGUGAUCAUCUCCGACGGGUACCCGCCGCCGUUCAGCGACGUGCUGGACUGGGGCAAGAUGUCGGUGGCCGUGCCGCCGGCGAGGAUACCGGAGCUCAAGGCCAUUCUCGAGGGGGUCCCCGAGCGGAGGUACCGGGUGCUGCGCGCCAGGGUGCUGCAGGCGCAGCGGCACUUCGUCAUGCACCGCCCGGCGCAAAGGUUCGACGUGAUCAACAUGGUGCUGCACUCCAUCUGGCUCAGAAGGCUCAACGUUAGGCUCCCGUACUGA